CACCUGCCUGGAGCGUUGGAGAAAUCUGGGCUCCGUCGUCGGUGUGUACAAACAUCCGCCAAGCUUGCGCUGCCAAGAACAUGGGCGAAGUGGGCGAAGAGCGGUCUUGUGUUCCGAGUGGCGCCGACAGGCCCCAGGAGAGACGCUGCUGCUGCUGCUCCGGCCAAGCCUUCGAGAUGAGCAAAGCGAAAUGGCUCUGCAGCCUCCGGGGAUCGGGAAGGGAGGCGAUGUGUGCGCAACACCAGGAGCCCCUGAGCGUCUUCUGCCGGGAGGAUCGCGCCCUCAUCUGCAUCGUAUGCGACAAAUCUAGGAAGCACAGGACCCACCUGGUGCUGCCCAUAGAGGAGGCAGCCCAGGAUUACAAGGAAGAUAUUCAGACCAAACUACGGAAUCUGAAGAGAGAAAGAGAUGCUGUCCAAGAAAUGAAGCUGACACGAGAGCGACAAACGGCAGAGUAUUUAGAAGACAUCAAGGCCAAGAGAGAGAAGAUUGUGCUGGAGUUCCAGCAUUUGCAUGUGUUUCUGGAGGAACAGCAGACUUGCCUCCUGGCUCAGUUGGCUGAACUAGAGAAGGAGAUGGCAAACGAGCAGGAAGAAACUAGCUCCAAACUCUCUAACGCCUUUUCUGUUCUCGGUGACCUUAUCUGCGACUUGGAGAAGGACUGUCAGAGGCCUGAUCGUGAAUUCUUGCAAAAUCUCGAGGAAACCUUAAGCCGGUGUGAAAAGAGGGACUUCCGUUGGCCAGUGGAGAGGUCUCCUGAUCUGGAAAAAGACCUCAGUGCAAUAUCUCAGAAGAGUAUUGUUUUGACAAAAAAUCUCAGGAAAUUUAAAGAAAUCUUGGCAGGUGAGCUAAAGAGAGAUAGAACACUUUGCCUAAAUGCUGUGUUCGAGGAACAGGCAGAGCAGCGCCACGUCUUCUGGCCGUUGGAGUGUGGGGAUGCAUCAAGAAAAGUAAGUGUGACACUGGAUUCCCGUACAGCCAGCCCCACGCUCAGUGUCUCCCUGGAUCGGAAGACAGUGCAGCACUGGGAUCAGCCGCAGUUGCUGUCACACAACCCCGAGAGAUUUGAUCCUGAGCCAUUUGUGAUGGGCUACGAGGGCUUCUGCUCUGGGAAGCACUGCUGGGUUGUAGACGUCGAGCGGGGGCAGAGUUGGGCGGUUGGAAUUGCCAGAGAGUCUGUGAAGAGGAAAGGAUCCAUCAGCCUCAGCCCGGAGCAAGGCAUCUGGGCUGUGGAGCAGUGUUGGGGUCAAUUCCAAGCACUGACCUCCCGCUGGACCGCCCUGCCUCUGGUCAGGAAACCCAGAAGGAUCCAAGUUUCUCUAGACUAUGAAAGGGGGUGGGUGGCAUUUUUUGAUGCAGAUCUGGGUGCUCCAAUCUUCACGUUCCCACCUGUCUCUUUCAAGCAAGAGAAAAUCUACCCCUGGUUCUGGGUGGGGCCAGGAUCCCGUAUCAGCUUGUCCCACUAAGGCUGCUUCCGCACAUCUGCGAGACAUUGGCUCUUUGAAUCUCACCACAGUGUCUUUACCAUCUGUCUCUAGGACCAUUGAGGACUGGUUUUUCUCCCUGAUCCUAAAACUGUUGAAGCCUGAUCUGUGUAUGCAAACAGCAGCGUGGUGAUUGUUUUGAAGUUCAACUUCAGUGGAAGCUACUUCACGUAACAAUCCAUUUGUGUUGAGCAAUUUUAAUUUAACUAACUGGAGGUGUACAAAACUAUAUUUGACUUGUACAAGGUGCUGGUGAAAAAAAUAUCCCAAGCAAAAUAAAGUGGUUUGCCUAUCUUAAA